AUGUCCAAAUCAGUAACAGCGGCGUGUGUCACACAACAGUUGUUAGCCAAAGAACCAAUCGGAAAGAAUUCCGAAUCAACUUUAUCCUCGAAACAAUCCUCAGAUAUCUUGGUCCAAGAUAAUUCGUCAUCAAAACAAUUCAUUGAGCAUUCACAAGAAUCUCCAUCAAUAGUUGACAACAACAACGAUGAUGGAAUUCCGACAGAGGAGGAAUUUAUGAAAAAACUUCAAGAUGGUAUUCAAGAGUAUGCUGAAAUUGAUAAAUCGAGUAGACAUUCUUCAGAUGACGAAUUAAUUAAUUUUGUUAAAGAUAAAGAAGAGAAAUUACUCUUUCGAUUAGGAAGGUUAUUAGAAAAAAAGAAAAAGAAGAGGAAAAAAGAAUUGAAAAGGAAAAGAAUGUAUGAGAGUGAAGAAAGUGAGAGCGAAGAGAAGGUGAAAUAG